AUGGAGCGUUCACUUACGGUUGACCUACCUGUUGACCAAGUUGCCAGAGUCGUUAGGCGACAUCUUGUCGUUCCACCACCACCACCUCCAACACCUCCAACAACUACUACUCCCGUUUCAUCGACACCAGCUGCAUCCCAGAUACCCCAAUUGCGUCGUCGUAAUGGCCAUACCCCUAACAACAGGACCACGAGCUAUCAAACAGUAGCAAACUCAAUUGACACGCCCAUCUACAACACGCAUCAUUUGUUACCAGGUGGUGCUAUUGUUGACGAGAUUUACAAGUGGACAGCACGCGUUGAGGAGCAACAACAACGUCGAAGACAAUCCAUCUCGUUACCAGCUAUCCGUUCUCCACCUCUUGACGACGACCCGUUACUCCAAUGUCUCAAACAGCCGGGUGGGUUCCGACGCUAUCAUGCAUUGAACAAUGCUGCACGUCAUGGCAAAUCACCUCCCAAUUUCGUCACUUCAAGCUUUGUCGAGUUCCUUUAUCUUUAUGGUCAUUUCGGUGGUGAAGAUCUUUCAGAUGAUGAUGACGAUGAUGAUGAUGAUGAUUCUUCCUCUUGUUCAUCCUAUACCAGCAGUGAGGAAUCAGCUGUAUCUUCGGAAGAACAUGAUCCACAACAACAACAUCAACACCAGCACCAGCAGCAUCAGCCAAUAAUGGAUGAAGGAAGGAGGAUGGGUAAUGGUCAAAGUAGUCAUGUCGGCAUACAACCAAGAACGACUUUGGAUGCAGGCAGCACUCUUCCCGUUCAUCAUCGACAUAGCAAUGGCACUCUACCACUUCCUGUCACCAAUGGCCCAUCAUCAUCUUCUCGACGUAGAGUCAACAAUUACCAACAGCUCUAUGCACGUGAGACGAUGCCCCUGUUACAAAGUUCAAGACGCCAAAGUCAAGCUAUUCAAGCUAAAGCUACCCCUGGAAAAGCCAUGUUCUUAUUACUCAAAUCAUUUGUUACCACGGGUAUUAUGUUUCUACCAAAAGCGUUCUACAAUGGCGGAUUGGUAGCGUCAACGAUUGGUAUUGUGAUAUGGUCCUUGAUCUCCUUAUGGUCGUUCCUUUUACUGGUGCAAACACGAUUGGUGGUACAUGCAAGUUUUGGUGAAAUGGGUGGGGUAUUGUAUGGACACACGAUGCGAGUGGCAGUCCUCGUAGCCAUCACCUUGUCACAAAUCGGGUUUGUCUGUGCGUAUAUGGUGUUUGUCUCCGAGAACCUGCAAGCCCUUGUCCUCGCCUUUUCCAAAUGCCGUGUCAUGUUACCCAUGCAUCUGCUCGUUCUCGCACAAAGUUUUGCAUUUAUCCCACUUGCCAUGAUCCGAAAGAUCCAACGCCUCUCUGUGUUUGCUCUCAUUGCUGAUAUCUUUAUCGUCAUUGGUCUUGGCUACUUGUUCUAUUAUGAGCUCAAGCAACUUGUUGUGGUCGGUCAAGGCGUCGUAUCCAUGUGGAGCCCCAUGUCAUUUCCAUUGUUUAUUGGCACAGUGGCAUUUACCUAUGAAGGCAUUGGUUUGGUCAUCCCGAUUACUGAAUCCAUGAAGGAACCACAAAAGUUCCCGGGCGUACUGCGACGGACCCUGAUUGUGAUCACGACACUCUUCAUCUCGUUGGGCGCCGUCUCAUACCUUGCAUUCGGCGAAGACGUGCAAACGAUCAUCUUGUUAAACCUACCAAGCAAGGAUCCCGUUGUAUCAUCCAUCCAAACGCUGUACUCGCUCGCUAUAUGUCUAUCGAUUCCUCUUCAACUCUUUCCUGCCAUCCGCAUCAUGGAGAAUGGGCUGUUUACUACACGCUCCGGAAAGAACAAUGCCAUGGUCAAAUGGCAAAAGAAUGUGUUCCGCGUAUUAGUGGUGUUUCUAUGUGCAUGGAUUGCCAUUGUGGGUUCCAAGGAUAAGCUUGACAAGUUUGUUGCUUUGAUUGGUGCGCUCUUUUGCAUUCCAUUAUGCUUUGUCUUCCCACCACUCUUCCAUAUGAAGGCUCUCUCUCUCUCAAAAUGGCGUCUUGCUGCUGAUGUUGCUUUGAUUUUAUUUGGUGUUGGGUGCAUGCUCUAUGUGGUCAGUAUGACGCUAUAUCAAUGGAACGCAGGUGAUAUUGUGGACCCUGUCAAGCAAUGCGUGUCACAUCGAACUUGA